AUGCUUCUGGACCUGUCGAACUGCAACUUGAGGAGCCUGGAGGACUCCGACCUAAUCCUGGAGAAACUGAUCGAGCAGAACGCAGACUACACGAGCGUGACCUACCUAGACGCAUCCAACAACUGCAUCCGCUCGUUAAAGGGAUUGAGCUGUUUUGAAAAUUUGAAAAUAUUAAAUAUCUCAAACAAUUUUUUAACUUCCUUGGAUGGAGAUUUCAUCCCCCCCUGUACAGAAAAAAUAAUUGCUCACCAUAACGACCUCACGGAUAUAUGUUUUAAGGGGGUGAAGAAGUUAUCCGCGGGUACUGAAGAGAAAGAAGUGCAAAGAUAUUCUUACCAUGGGGGUAUGAUAAAAUCGGAGGGUAAACCAAAGUGCGAUGUAAAUACUGCAUGUUUCUCCUUCCCGGAAGAGAAAGGAGAAAAAUCGCCCAGUUCUUCCUACAAUGAUACGUACAGAAAUAAUUUACUUAAUGAAAAAGUAUUUUACACGAAUAGGGACUUACCACUAAACAGGUUGGCAUUCCUAGAUGUGAGCUUUAACAAAAUUAAGAAGUUAACUACCUUUGAAAGAUAUCUACACAUAAUCAACAGAAGGAAUCAAGAGAGAAGUUUCGAAGGAGGGUUCUCAGAUGAAGGACAUAUAAAUGAUUUUAUCACCAACAAAACGGAGCAAGAUGUUAUGCUUUUAUUUUUUAACUCUUUGGAUACCCUUUACCUGCGAGGGAAUAAACUAACCAACUUAAAAGGAUUGAGUGUCUUCAAAAAUUUGAAAGUGUUGGAUCUCCGUUCUAAUCUCAUUAACCACCCGGUGCAAUUAUUCUACCUACUAGACAACAAAAACUGGUUAAAGCAGUACAAUGAAAAGAAUAUGAGUAGAGAGGAGGAUUCCUUUUCUUCUUCCCCCUCCUCUUCCAAUGGGUGCUACUCGUAUUUCCUUUCCGUUUUGCAAAAGUAUAGGAAUCUGAAGUGUCUACAAAAUGUGUUUCUGCGAGGGAAUCAGCACGUGCUCAAACCAAAGCAUCUGUUCCUCAGUGUCUGUGAUGUACUCAGAUGCGCCAACACCAGAGGAAGGUUCACCACAGAUGUAGCCCUGGGAGAGGAGCGUGAAGAAGGAGAGGAAGUGGAUGGCGUAGGAGAAGAAACGGUUGCAGUAAGGGAAGUAGUCGAUGAGGUACGUGAGGAAGAUAACUUGGGUGAUGAACCGGAGGGAGAGAAAAAUCUGGUGGACGAUCUCCUCAGCGCCUCCAGCCAAACGGAGAAAACGGCAUCGGAGGAAGGAUACCCAGACGAGGGAUACGUACGCGAUGAUUACACAGAGAUGGGAUACUCAGAAGGGGGAGAUGCAGUCCAGGUUUACUUAGAUGAAUCCCUGAUCGAGGAGAAACGAGUAGGAAUAUCUCCAAGCGAUAGGAUGAAGGAACCAGCGGGACAGGUGAAGAAGCUAAUAAAGACGGUGGAAGCGAACUUGACAUCGAACAAGCGUGGAGAUAGGAACCCCCCCAUGAGGCACCAGACAAGAGAAGAGCAGAAUGCCCGAGAGAAAGUUAGCGAGCCAAAUAUCUUAGCGGAAAGAUCGGUACUCCCGAAUGGAGCAGAUGACUUGGAGGAGACGAGUGCAUAUCGCUACUUAAGGGAAGAGAGGAACGACAAAGCAACAGAUGAUGAAGCAACAGAUGAUGAAGCAACAGAUGAUGAAGCAACAGAUGAUGAAGCAACAGAUGAUGAAGCAACAGACGAUGAAGCAAAAGACAAUGAAGAAGCCUCGGAAGAAGUAUGCCACGAUGCCGUUCCAUCAGGUGAGAUAAGGGAGGAUUUCGUCCCAACGAAGAAACAUAUAGAAAAGCUAAUUAACACUAUAAAUCGACACGUUUCCACGAAUGCAUCCAAGAUGGUUACACCCAUAAAUGGAAGGAUAAACGAUGAUGUGGUGGAGCGAUGUUUACGUGAGAAUGAAGGUUCUAUGGUCCAGACAAGCGAAGGGAAAUUCAUUAAUGCGGUGGGAAAAAUCCAGGGGGUGAAGGCCUCAAGCGCAGAAGGUGAGAAUGGUUCGACGUAUGAAGGAGUGGUGAGACAGGAGGGGAUAAGCGAUUACUCUUGCGAAGAAGUGGAAACUGAAGAAUCGGAUGAGGGGGAAAUGGAAACGGAGGAAGACGCCGAAUCAGAAGAACACGUUGCUCCUCCAAAUGGUCUGAUUCACCUUGUCCGCGAUCACAGUGGGAGUGGCAGUGCAGUGAACGUCGAGGAGGAAGAAACAAGUUGCACUUCCUCCAUUGUCGAUGGUAACCAUGCCAAGAAAGUAUUAAAGGAAAUUCUCAGCAGCAGCGAGGGGUUGGAAAGGUAUAGCUCCAAUAAUUCCUCUUCCAUGGGUAGCGACGUUUUUGAGGGCGACUCGGAUGAGGAGAACACGGAAGGGGAAGAAAGUACACGAGAGGAUGUUGCGCAGGGGGAGAUUACACAGAUGAAUAAAUGUAGCGCAAGCGGCGUGAGUACUGAUCCAGUUAGCGUUCCACCCAACAAGGGUAGACACCUGGAUAGGGCGUUAACUGGUCGUAUGGUGAGCGAACACAAACGUGGAGAAGACAACGGAGGAGAUGCCCUCAAUGCGGGAUUCUGUAGAAACUCCUUGAUAAGGAGGGGCAUUCGAGCGGAGAAAACUAAGAGAACAGAAGAACCAAAUGGUGAGAAGGCAAAAUCGUUAAUUAAAAAUAAAACUCUCAAUGAUGAAGUUCAUGUGGACAAUGUUAGGAGAGCAUCUUGUUGGAAGAACGCAAAAGAAGAGUGUCUUGAUGGAAGGAGAAAGUCAAUGAAUGGAGACAAUCAUUCCUUGGUGACUAAGGUAGUACCUAGAAAGAUAAUCAAUGUGGAAGAUUCGACACGAGAGAAAAGCACACUAAAGAAAGAGAAUGAAAAGCAGUGUGCAAGUGCAACAAGUGGAACGGUGAAGGAGGAAAAAAGCAUUUCCAAGGAGGGAGAAGGAAAUGAGAAAAACCUGCACAACAGAGAGAUACAGGAGGAAAAGAAGAAAGCGCUGAUGGAGUUGCUAAAAUUAGAUCUAUGUAAAAGUGAAAAGUGGAAAAAACGUGGGGGAGUAGACAAGAGUAACGACCCAUGUGUCUACAAGUCGAAGGAUAAAAAAUGUCGCGACUACUCUGCAUCUGUGAAGUCAGAAUCCACAGACGUAACCGAGAGGGAUUCACAUAAGCAUAUUCUCAAGGCAGAUGAGAAGCUCCGCAUGAAUUUCCCCUAUGAUAAUGGCUUGGGGGAGUUGCAUAGAUCGAGAGGGAUCAGUGUCUACGCAUACCCGAUUCGCAUACAGGGAGGCGCGAUCGAUGGAGGGGGGAAAGCAGAAGAAAAUGGAAAGGGAAGAGGCCAUGAUAAAGAAAGCAACAAUGACGAAAGAAACUACAAAGAAAGUAGCACUGAUAAAUUAAACAAUCAGAGAGAAAAAAGCCAAGAGGAUACGCUCCCUUCCAGCAGGGCCGAAAUCCUAAAGAGAAUGAACGACCUGCAAGCGUCGAACGAAAAGGACGCAACCCUCAGCAACAGUCUAGCCCUACAUCUCAAGGAAGUGUGCCUCACACUGGGCAAAGAAAAACAACAGAGUGAUAUUCUCUUAGAUCAAAAUGACAAGUUUCAAAAGGAAAUAAUGCAAUUAAAAGAGAGUAAGAAAAAAUUAAAGGCAAAAAUAAAAAAAUUGGAAAAUUGCUACAAGCAAAAGUGCAGAGUUGUCAAGAGGUACCAACACAUGAGGGAGAGGUUCAAACUGGCCGAGCAGGAACAGGUGGAUAUACCGGAAGAUGACAUAGAUCACCAGAACAAAUACAUCGAAAACACUAUGGAACAGAUUUACAACGUGUUCUCCGACGUUUUUGGAGAAUCUCACGUAAUGACGAAGAGAAUAGAAAACCUAGCCAAUGUGUACAUAAAAAAGGAGAAGAGCGUCGAAAUACAAAUGGUCACCCAGAGGAAGCAAUUGGAACUUCUAAAAAACGUGGAGGAAAUAGUAAAAAAGAAAAACGAGUACCACUGCGAGUUGCAAAAGAAGAACGAAAUCAUUACCAGUUUAAAUAGCAAUUUGGCCAAAAUAACACAAAGCGUAGCGGACAUGAAGAAUGGCGUUCUCGAAAACGAAAAAAAAAUGAAAGAUUUGACGAUGCAGUUGGCAAAGAAGGAUGCCCUCCUAAAAGAAUUCGAAAGAAAGAACAACCAAAUGAUGGACGAAAAGGAAAAGAUGUUUCAGAAGGAACGAGCGCAGCUACUGGACUUACUCAAUGAUAAAGGGGAAAAUGUUAAAAGCGUGAAGCAGUACAAAGAAGAAAUAAAAUGCCUGGAGAACAAACUGAAAAAUUAUUUGGACCGCAAUGUACACAAAAUACACGACAAGAAUUACGAACUUAUGGUCGACAAGUUGCACGACGAACAAAUAAAAAUGCACUCCCUGUUGACAGAGAAGGAAAAAAUUAUUAAUGAGAAGAACAUCCAAAUUGAGAACUUGGAGUCUCAAUUGCAGUCCUGGGCCGACGAGGCUACCAACUGGGUGGUCGUGGCGGACAAGCACACCAAAUUGAUAACAAACCAUAACAUAUUAAAGAAAAACUACGAAGAGCUCAAGUACAAAUACAUCAUGGAUAUGAAAUACAUCCAAACGAACAAAAACGAAAAAGUCAAGGAACUGAUAAGGAAAUACGCAUAA